AUGUCUGAAAACGAAGGUGGACAUCACCACCACCACCAUCACCAUCAUCACCACAACAAUAACAAUAACACAGUGCCUCAGCAACCGCAGCCGCAACAUGCGCAGCCUAUUCCUGGAGCCCAGCAACAACAGCAACAGCAGCAGUCAUCCAAUGGAGGAAGUGCCCAUGGUGCCCCCGUCCAGAGCACCGGCCCCCGCAUUGGUAAAUAUCAAGUUCUUCAAACACUUGGAGAAGGCUCCUUUGGUAAGGUCAAACUUGCACAGCAUGUGACCACGGGUCAAAAGGUUGCCCUCAAGAUCAUUAAUAGGAAGACUUUGGCUAAAUCAGACAUGCAAGGAAGAGUCGAGAGAGAAAUCUCGUACCUUCGUUUGCUCAGACAUCCUCAUAUUAUUAAGUUAUACGACGUGAUCAAGUCCAAAGACGAGAUCAUCAUGGUCAUUGAAUACGCAGGAAAGGAACUCUUUGACUAUAUUGUCCAGAGAGGUAAGAUGCCAGAGAACGAAGCUAGAAGGUUCUUCCAACAGAUCAUUGCAGCAGUGGAGUACUGUCAUAGACACAAAAUUGUUCACAGAGAUUUGAAACCAGAAAAUCUCUUGUUGGAUGAUAAGCUUAAUGUUAAGAUUGCGGAUUUUGGAUUAAGUAACAUCAUGACUGAUGGGAAUUUCUUGAAAACCAGUUGUGGGUCGCCCAACUAUGCUGCACCAGAAGUCAUUUCAGGGAAAUUGUAUGCCGGUCCAGAAGUUGAUGUGUGGUCAUCUGGUGUAAUCUUGUACGUUAUGCUCUGUGGUAGAUUGCCCUUUGAUGACGAUUUCAUUCCUGCCUUAUUUAAGAAAAUUCUGAACGGGGUCUACACCUUACCCAACUAUCUUUCGCAAGGAGCAAAGCAUUUAUUGACUAGGAUGCUUGUGGUUAACCCAUUGAAUAGAAUCACUAUUCAUGAAAUCAUGGAGGAUGAAUGGUUCAAAGUUGGAAUUGAAGACUAUUUGUUACCACCUGACUUAUCAAAGACUAAGCACAAGAAAAUCGAGGUUGAUGAAGAUGUCAUUUCAGCAUUGACCAACGCCAUGGGUUACGACAGAGACGAAAUCGUCUCUGUGAUUAACAAAUGCAAUGAGCAUAACUCCCCACAACAGCAAAGCAAUGAGGUUAUAGAUGCUUAUUUAUUAAUGAAGGAAAAUCACACAUUGGUUAAGGACUUGAAGAGAAGCCAUAACGAUAAAAUGGAUAAUUUCUUACUGUCAUCACCUCCCCCAUCAUGGAAGCAACAACAGCAACAAUUACAACAGGACCAACCUUCUACGUCUUCAUCUAGAGCCCCAGGAGUGCAGCAAUCAGUCACUUAUCAAACAUUAGCCGCUGUGCCAGAUUUAUCGAUGCUUCCUAACUCGACCAUCGCCAUUUUGCCCUCUUCCUUACCAUCCAUUCAUAGGCAACUUAUGGUGAAUAACAGUGAUACAAACCAAGCGAAAAUUAAUGCUGUUUCGUCAAAGAAGCUGAAAACCAGAUGGCAUUUCGGGAUUAGAUCCAGAUCAUACCCAUUGGAUGUCAUGGGUGAAAUUUACCGUGCUUUAAAGAAUUUGGGUGCAGAAUGGUCUAAACCUACCGAAGAGGAAUUAUGGACCAUUAGAGUCAGAUGGAAGUAUGGGCCAUGUAUCUUAGAGAAGGAACCAAGUGGCGAACUGAUUGCCAAGGACAAUAACUAUCCAGAUAUGAUGAAGAUGCAAAUUCAAUUAUUCCAGUUGGAACCCAAUAACUAUUUAGUAGAUUUUAAAUUCGAUGGAUGGGAAAAUAAGGGAUCAACCGACGAGGAAGCGGGAACGGGAGAAGAGAGCAAGGCAGCAGUUAAGCAGGAUGUAGAUGAGAUGAGCUCAUUUUCUGCAUAUCCAUUCCUUCACUUGGCUACAAGACUUAUUAUGGAAUUAGCGGUAAAUAGUCAAAGCGCUUAG